AUGGCAUCAUCAUCAUCAUCACCAUCGCAAGCCUCAAAGGCGUCGCCGUCGCUAGCAUCGUCGCAUCCCACGAGGUCGUCGACGCCUUUAUCGAGGAAGUUUGCGUCCACGGAGCCUGCAUCCUCACCCACAAGUGCAGCGGCAGUUGCAGUACUAAGCAAGACAUCGAGUGUUGUUGGCACAGUAGGCACGACCACGGUGGCCACGUCGGUCACCGGGCUGUCGGGGAAUGCCACGGCAGGCACAGCGGGCACAACAGGCACAGCAGCAGCAGCAUCGCCGGCAGUGGCUGAGACGGAGCGGAGAAACUCUGUUUCUUCACUUUCCAGUGCAUCGGCAUCACCUGCACCGGCCUCAAGGCUCAGGGCACAGGCAUCGUUGCACCAGUUGAACGCGACGAGAAGCAACUUCAACCCGUCCUGGCUGCCCCAGCAGACGAACCCGUUGCUGAAUGUGACGCCCUGGAUCGAGCAGCAGGCCCAGAUUUCGCCGAUGCAGAACCUCAGUGGUUUCAGUGGCACUAUCCAGCAGCAGCAGAGGAUACCCUCGGGGAACGGCGGGAUCGCGGCGUUGAACCAGAUACGGGGGAUCCCGAUGAACCAGUCGUCGACGGUGGGUUCGAUUAACGGGAGUGUUAGCACUGCAAACGACCGGCAGGCACCCCAGCCGUCUGGGUACGGGCGGUCGAACCGGUCGCCCAUUUCUGAGGGCAAUGCUGGGCUUUAUAGGGGGCACUAUAGGGGGAAGGUGAAUGCUAAUUCUGGUAAUGGUAAUGGCAAUGGUAAUGCCAAUGCUAAUUCUAGCAAUGCCAACAAUACCACUGCCAACAGCUCAGCACAACCAUCCCACCGGCAUCACAACAUUACUCCCGGAAAUGACGAGAUCAUUCCCACAGCUGUGGUGAUCAAGAACAUCCCCUUUGCGAUCAAGAAAGAGCAGCUCUUGGACUUUAUGGCCAAGUGCAACUUGCCGCUCCCCUACGCGUUCAACUACCACUUCGACAACGGGGUGUUCCGGGGCUUGGCCUUCGCCAACUUCAACACGACCGACGAGACGGCUCUGGUGGUGAACCUGCUGAAUGGCCGGGAGAUCGGUGGCCGUAAGCUCCGGGUCGAGUACAAGAAGAUGCUCCCGCCGGCAGAACGUGAGAGGAUCGAGCGGGAGAAAAGAGAGAGGCGAGGCCAGCUCGAGGAGCAGCACCGGUCGGCCUCGGCCACCUCGUUGGCCUCGAUGUACUCGAUUGCCUCGGCCCCACCUACCACGGGCAACGGCCAGAUGGACCGCUUGUACGUGACGCUGGCUCCAGCCAGCCAGUUACCCCAGCCACCCCAGGGGGUCGACUUCAACGGCCCGGACGCCCUCGAAUUGUACACGAAACUCGUUCUUUUCCGCGACGAGCCCCGCAUCAAUACCGCGGGGGCCUCCCCGGUGGAGCUUGCCUUUCACGCCGCCUCCCUCACGGGCAACCAGAGGCGGUCCGUGUCGCUCAUCGCCCAGUUUUUGGGCUUGGCCGACACGCUAGAGGGCGGCUUUAUCGUUGUCCGCCGGUCGCUCGAGUCCAUGUACCAGCUGCAGAGGGAGCAGCACAGCCAGCAACAGCAACAGCAGCAGCAGCAGCAGCAGCAGCAGCAACAACAACAACAACACAGCCAGCAGCCACAGGCAUUCGCCCCCUUGCUUAUGCGGUCGCACUCCCACAGCAUACUCAACUCGGCCUCGGCCCUCUCGAUGAACACCGGCCGGUACCGGCAGCAGUCGCCCCGGACGAUCGGCCUGCAGCAGACGUCGCUCGCCGGGCAAACUGGCCUCAGCCAGUUCUCGAUGGCCGCCUCCGGCUUCGGUGGCCCCCAGAACGACCCGCUCCACCACUCGGCAUCGACCGUUUCACUCAAUCUUCCACGCCAGGCCGCCUAUCCGACCCCUUCCACGCCCAAUCCCUCGCGGAUGACCUUUGGGGGGUCCCAGAUCGGGGCCGGCUUUGCCACAACCGGCUUGACCGGUGCAAACACCUUUUCCGGCAGUGCCGGGGGCAGCUUGCUAGGCUCCCAGAACACCACCAAUAGCCCCUUUCAGCAGCAGCAGCAGUAUCAGGCUUUCAACAACCCCCAGCUGACUGGCGGCUCAACUAUCAGUACAAACACCAAGGGGCUCGACGAUCUUUUCGUCGGCAUGGAGAAUCUAAACUUCACCAGCUGA